CUCGUAAUCAAACUAUAGCUCUCAAAGACACUGUCAAUCGAAAAUGCCCAACAACACGGGCCUAGCCCACAGACAUUCGCAGCAGCCUCUCUGAAAUCCAGACCAAAAUGUAUAAGUAUAACAAACCCCCAAGGGUUCUCUUUCGAGUGUUGUUCUUCCUCUUCCCCUCCCUCGAGCAGAGAGCAACCAUCCCCAAUCCGCAGAUCUCCAUCCAUGGCUGGUACCGGGCGAGGAGGCGUACCGAUCGGGAACAAAAAGCCCGAAGCUGCUGCUGCUGCUGCUGACGAGAAGGACCUGAGAUCGUACACCAUUCGCCUCCUUCCCCGCCUAACCGUGAAAGUCGGCGACAGCGUCCAGAUGAAAUUUGGCGCGGCUAAAAUCGAACGCCUCUUUCAAACCUCAAAGGGUGUUUAUAUCAAUGCCCGAUUCUACAUCCGCUCCCGGGAUACCAGACUGGCAAUCCUGCCCUUCAUUUCGAAAAGGGAACUCUUCCUCGCCGAGGCCACAGAGAUUCGUUGCGUGACUAGCAUCGAAUCGAAGGUCACCGUUCACUCUGCCGAGGAGUAUUUCGAGUUCCAGAAUGCGGCGGGCGAAGAAGAUUACUUCUGGCGUUUCUACUAUCAUCGCCCUUCUGGUCGCAUAGCUCACCCCGGCCCCGGCGGUGCGAUGCCCGUGAUUUGCAUCUGUGAAAUGCCGUGGAACCCGGACAACCCUAUGAUGGAAUGCAUAGACUGCGGUGAAUUGUUCCAUCCACCUUGUGUAGGCAUGACAAGGGAUGAAGCUGCGGAGAAUGCUGCGAAUGGUAUUGACUAUGUUUGCUCGGAAUGUAACUCUCAAGGCGCGGCGGGACUUCCUAACCAGUGGCAGAGAGAGGUAGUGACGAAAAAUGAGGCAACAAAACUCUUUAGAUAGACAUGGUUUAGUAUAUGAUUUUUCAAGUUUAGAAUCCAAUAUUCACGUCGAUGUUAGCUCGCGUAAGGACUCCAAUCAACUCAAAAUUCAUUAUAUGCACAAGUUUUAGUGUUGUUAAAUUUUUAAGGGCCCCCAAUGAACUCCAAGUCUGACUACGCCGUAGCCACUGUUUCUAACAAACCAGCUCUGGAUCAUGUUUAGUGUGCGCCACGGGUCUUAACGUGCUGAGUGCAUCUUGGUGUGUGGUUGCACGUUGAUGUAUAUCUUUCAGUUCUUGAUCAAGGUUUCCCCCAUGAAUAUAUUCUCCUUCUAGAUUUCU